AUGCCUUCCUCGAUCGUCUUCCGGGCUUCCGAAAGCAAAAAACCUAUUGCUAAACCCACCGCUACGUUCACCGGUGACGUCUAUCUCGACUUGGUCCACAACGAGGAGAAAGCCACUAUCGCCAACGUCACAUUCACACCUUGCGCCAGAACCUAUUGGCAUACACACGAGGAGGGACAGAUGCUUAGAGUUCUCGCUGGGUCGGGUUGGAUUUGUGAUAGAGGAGCCGCGCCACAACGCAUUGGGGCUGGUGAUGUGAUUUGGGCUCCUGCAGGAACGACGCACUGGCACGGUGCUGAUGAUGGUAGUCUCAUGACGCACCUUGUAAUUGGACUGGGCAAGACUACUUGGCACGAAGAGGUCUCAGAUGAGGAAUACGGGAAGAAGGCAGCUUAG